AUGUCAGUUGCUGACGUUGCUUUGAGUCCAAUUCACAAAAGAUCCGGCUCCGUUUGUUUCCGGAGCAGUGAAUCCAUCGUGAUUUACUUGACAGUUGCAGGUUCUGUGAUUCCGAUGCGAAUUAUGGAAUCCGAUUCCAUUGCCACAGUCAAACUAAGGAUUCAAACAUGUAAAGGGUUUAUAGUGAAGAAACAGAAGCUAGUUUUUGGAGGGAGAGAAUUAUCAAGAAACAAUUCUCUCCUAAAAGAUUACGGUAUUUCAAGCGGUGAUGUUCUUCAUCUGAUUCUUAGGGUUUCUGAUCUUCUUGUGAUAACCGUUGAAACCGCUGUUGGGAAAGCAUUCGAGUUUGAGGUUGAUAGAUUUAGAAACGUGAAGUACUUGAAACAACUUGUGGAAGAAAAAGCUAAAGAAAUUGGAUUCAUUAAUGGCGAAGACUUGAAAAUUCUUUGUAACGGUGAGAAGCUCGAUGAUCACAAGCUGAUUGAUGAUAUCUGUAAGAAUCACGAUGCUGUGAUUCAUUUAGUUGUUCAAAAAUCAUCUUCACCCGAAAGAAAUCACGAGAAAGACGAGCAGAAAACGAAUCCCAAGAAACCACCAGAUAUUGAUUCUCCAUUACAACCAAUUAUCGUGAAUCCAGAUUCAAAAUUAUCCCCCGAUAUAUCUAAUAUGAUAGAUUCUGCAACCGAAGGACUUGAGAAAGGGAAAAAACCGAUCAGAUCAUCAGAAGGCACCGGAGGGACUUACUUUAUGCAACAUCCAUCCGGGAACAGAUACGUUGCUGUUUUCAAGCCGAUAGAUGAAGAACCAAUGGCGAUUAAUAACCCUCAAGGGCUACCUGUGACCUCUAAUGGUGAAGGGUUGAAAAGUGGCACGAAAGUUGGUGAAGGCGCUUUGCGGGAGGUGGCGGCAUACAUACUGGACCACCACCCGAGGAGGAGUGGUUUUGCAGGUGUACCUCCGACAGUGAUGGCAAAGUGCUUAAACGGAGAAUUCAAUCAUCCGGAGGGUUAUGAUGGUGGAGCGAAAAACAUUAAGGUUGGAUCUUUACAAAUGUUUAUGAAAAAUUGUGGAAGUUGUGAAGGUGACCGUGUUGUUCUUAUCCCUAUCGAUCAUGGCUACUGCUUACCCGAAAACUUUGAAGAUUGCACGUUUGAUUGGCUCUAUUGGCCACAAGCCCGGGAAGCGUUCUCAAAUGGAACCCUAGACUACAUAAAAUCACUAGAUGCGGAGCAAGAUCUAGCCCUCUUGAGCUCAAAUGGGUGGGACCUAUCACACGAGUGUGCACGAACCCUACGCAUCUCCACCAUGCUUCUGAAAGAAGGUGCGGCUAGAGGAUUGUGUCCUUACGCGAUAGGGCGUAUUCUAUGUAGAGAAACACUAAACAAGGAAUCCGUAAUUGAGAAAAUUGUUCAGAAAGCUCACAAGAUGACAUUCCCUGGAACAAAACGAAGCCGACUUCCUUAAAACCGUUCGGAACCUCCUGGAUUUUGAGCUCAAUAAGGUUUCAGAGAUGUUUAUGUGAGGUCUUUAAGGGGUUUGUGUAGUUUGUAUAUGUAUAUUAUUAUGUACACGAUGUAAAGGUGUGGAUGACUAACUUUGUCGUCCAAGAGUGAUGACAUUUUUAACAAGUAUCAACUCUAUCUAAAUACAGAAUUCUAAG